GCUAGAGAAAAAAAAAAAGUUAUAUACUACAGUGGUGACCCAGUAAGCAGAUGGAUGGAAACGCUAACAGUGGUGGAGUUGUUCAUAACUCUCAACAAAUUAUCAACCACCCGAUCUACAACUCGAGGACUGUGGACAAUGACAUCGCCAUCAUUCGCAUCUCUGGAACAUUCUCCUACAACAACAACGUACGCGCUGCUGCUAUCGCCGGCUCCAACUACAACCUUGGAGACAACCAAGUCGUUUGGGCUACCGGAUGGGGGAGAACUUCUGUUAGUGGAUCAGGCUCUGAGAACCUUCGUCACGUGCAGGUCUGGACUGUGAACAAGAACACUUACAACCAACACUACCGAAGUAUUGGCAAAUCCAUCACCGCAAACAUGCUGUGCUCCGGAUGGCUCGACGUCGGCGGUCACGACCAGUGCUAUGGAGACUCCGGUGGUCCUCUCUUCCAUAACCGUGUUAUUGUCGGUGUUUGCUCCUGGGGAGAAUCAUGUGCUCUUGCUCGUUUCCCCAGUGUUAAUGCCCGCGUUUCUCGUUUUACUUCUUGGAUCCAUAGCAACUCUUAAUUAUUGACAAUGUUUCUGUAAAACUUGAAAUAAAAUGAACUUUUAUCAAA